GUUACAAUAAGAAUUUGAGAGAUAAUAAUAAAUAGAAUGGAAAGCGAUUUUGUUAACAUUACAAAAGAUGGAGGAGUAUAAAAGAGAAUUCUGUAAGCAGGAUAAGGAGACCAUCCUUAGACUAAUUCGACUUGUAAAAUAUAUUACUUGGGUACUUUGGAAGAUUAAAAACCAUUUGAUUCUAAUAUUGGUUAAAGUUAACCAUCAAAACAUAUUCUGAAAAGAGGAGAUAGAUGUAAGGGUUUUGAAAUUGGUUUACAAUCAAUGAAACCUGGAGAAAAAUCAUAAUUCAAAAUAACUCCAGAGUAUGGAUAUGGAGGAGAUGGAAACAUAUUUAAGAAUGUUCCAAAAGAUGCUCAUCUGAGAUAUGAGAUAGAAUUAGUAAGUUUCAAAUUGGAGAAAAAGAAGAGAUGGUAAAGCAUUAAUUAAUUCAAGGUUAAUGAGUCCAGAAGAAAAACAUGAAGAAGCUCUUAAACUUAGAAAAAAAGGAACAAAAUUAUUCAAGGAUUAAAAUUACUAAAUAGCUAAACAAAAAUAUAAAGAUGCAUUAACUUAUUGUGCUUUAGAUACUAAAGAAGGUAAAGAAUUAGAAGCAAGUUUGUAAUUAAAUUUAUCUAUCUGUUGUUAUUUGAAAGAUGAAUUUAAGGAAUCUAUUGAUCAUGCUAAAGCAGCAUUGAAAAUUAAUUCAAAUGAUCAAUAAAAUGUAAAGGCUUAUUAUAGAUGUGCAAUGGCUUAUUUAAAAAUAGGAGAAUAGGAAUUUGCUUUAUAAAAUCUUCAAUCUGCUUAUAAAUUAGAUCCUUAGAAUAUAGCUGUUAUUGAAGAAUUACAAAAAGUCAAAUAAUAUCUAAAAUUAGCCUAUUCGAAAGAAAAAGAAUCUUGGGGAAAGUUAUUUAAAGAUAAAGAUUAAGAUGAAUAACAAUUAAACUAGAAACCUGAAGAAAAAUAGAAUGAUUAAAGUAAGGAUUAAAUUACUUAAAUUUCAUCUAAUCCUUUAAAACCAGAAGUACCUGAAAAUAUAUCAAAAAACGUAAAUGAAUAAUAGGAAAGUGUAUCUGAACAAACAGAAGAAAAUCAAUAAAGUUAAUAGGAAGAAAAUAUUGUUACAUAAGCUUCUUAAUAAGAAAGUGAAAUUGAGAGUAAUAUCAACGAUUUAGAUAAGAUAGUUAUCUAAGAAUGAAAUAGAUUUAGC